CGUUCUGUCCGGACAUACUAGAUGGAUUCAGUGGACUGAGGCAGGCGUAGCGCUCCCCAAGCACACCGGGUUUUCCUCCAAAUAGGAAUACAACAAGGCUCUUUUUCUUGUGUGUGUUUUGCUUGCCGCCUUCUCAAAUGGAUAUCGGUUGUUUCACGGCGGCGCAGCGUCUGUCGUGCCACGCCAUGAAUGCGGAUUUAACCAACAAGCCCUCCGCUGAGGGAGCCCAGCAAGCCGGCGCUCCGGUGGCCAAAGCCGGCCGCUCGAAAUCGGAGUCUGCCAAACCGGAGUUGGCGCAGGUGGUGACCGACGUCAGGACGGGACGGUCGUACAGCAAAGGGAAGCUUUUGGGAAAGGGUGGCUUCGCGCGAUGCUACGAGAUGACGGACCUGUCGAACAACAAAAUGUUUGCCGUCAAGGUGAUACCACAGAGCAGAGUGUCCAAACCGCACCAGAGGGAGAAGAUCACCAAUGAGAUUGAAUUGCACAAAACCUUGUCUCACAAGCACGUGGUGAAAUUCUCUCACCAUUUCGAGGACCAGGAUAACAUCUAUAUAUUUCUCGAGCUCUGCAGUCGCAAGUCACUGGCGCACAUUUGGAAGGCGAGACACACACUGACGGAGCCCGAAGUGCGAUAUUACCUCAAGCAGAUCAUAUCGGGCCUCAAAUACCUCCACAGCAGAGGCAUCCUGCACAGAGAUCUCAAACUAGGCAACUUCUUUGUGAAUGAAAACAUGGAACUGCGACUGGGAGACUUUGGCCUAGCCGCCAAGCUGGAAACUGUUGAGCAGAGGAAAAAAACCAUCUGUGGAACCCCCAACUACUUGGCCCCCGAGGUACUCAACAGGCAGGGCCACGGCACAGAGUCGGACGUUUGGUCCCUCGGAUGUGUCAUGUACACACUGAUGUGCGGCAACCCCCCCUUUGAGACUCUUGACCUGAAAGAGACGUACAAAUGCAUCAAGGAGGUUCGGUACAACCUGCCCUCGGGGCUCUCGCCCGCCGCGCAGAAACUCAUCUCCAGCAUCCUGCAGAAAAGCCCCAGCGACAGACUCGGCCUGGAUCAAAUUCUCAACCAUGAAUUCUUCACCAAAGGUUUCACUCCCGACAAACUGCCCCCCAACAGCUGCGUAACGGUGCCCGAGCUCCAUCCCCCCAGCCCGGCCAAGAAAUUCUUCACCAAAGUGGCCAAGAGUCUCUUUGGCAAGAAAAAAGCGAAAGCGGAGAAGGCGCCUUGUGAGGAGAAGGAGGACAAAGAUAUUUCCAAGCUGGUGUCGGGCAUCGUCAAGUGCUCCAUCAACCGCCAGAUCAGCUACAAAACCGUCGGCCCAAAUGAGGUGGCCACGCCCACCGCUCAGCUGCUCAACUCGGUGCCUUUGGAGCAGACCCCUGCUGAGGAGGAAUCCAGGAAGUCCAUCUCGCGCUCCUUCAAAGGCACCAUGGCCAGCAGCUCUGAACCUUGCGAGGAUGUCGUCACGCCUUCCUUUGUGGCUGAAUCUGCCAUGAAGGUUCUCACUGGCUGCUUGGCCACCAUGCCUGCAGCCACAAGAAACCCACCGUGCCUGUCCAGGCCCCAAUCCUUCCUGUGGGUCACCAAAUGGGUAGACUAUUCCAACAAAUACGGUUUUGGCUACCAGCUGUCAGACCAAAGCAUCGGGGUGCUCUUCAACGAGGGCACACACCUCAGCCUCUGUGACCAACGCAAGACGGUCCACUACUGCUUGACCAACAACAAGCACUUUAGCUUCCCUGCCAGCUCGCUACCGGAGCAGCUUCGGAACCAGAAACAAAUUGUCGAGCUCAUGGCCAAUUACAUGGAACAAAAUCUCAUGGAGGGUGGUGAUAUUCACUGUCAUGAACCAGUUCCCGGUCCCCCUCCUCUGCUGCUGCAGUGGGUGAAGACGGACCACGCGCUCGUCAUGCUCUUCAACAACGGAACGCUGCAGGUGAACUUCUACACCGACCAUACGAAGAUCAUCCUGUCCAAGUCUUUGGAUUCGUACCUGCUGACCUACAUCAGCCGCGAGCGCGUCUCCUACACGUACCUCUUCAGCAUGCUGAGCGAAAUGGGCUGCACGGCGGAGCUGCGGCACCGCCUCAGAUACGUCCUCCAUCUCCUGCAGCACCACGCCGACGCCUGAGAAGAAGAAGAGGAUGAAGAAGGGGGA